AUGGCUGUGACUAAGAGCUUCGAGGAUAUCUAUGAAAAGCUGAUAAUGAUAGAAUGCGGCGGCUUUGGCAAAGUGUUCAAGUGUAAGGAGAACACAACGGGUAUCAUCUAUGCUGUCAAGGAAGUGGAUUACGCAGGAGUCCCUGCCGACGCCGUGAAGAAGGUCAAAAAUGAAGUGCACCUGAUGCUAAAGCUUGCGCAUGAUAAUAUUCUCAAGCCCAUCGAAUUCUUCGACGAUACAGAAAACGAGAUUCUUUACAUUGUAAUGGACUUUUAUGAACGCGGAGACCUAAGCAAAUUGAUCAGGGAGAGUCGGAAGAAAAAGACACCUAUCCCUGAGGAUACGGUAUGGUUCUAUUUACGGCAAUCACUCAGUGCUCUUGCAUAUCUACAUUCUCCAAAGAAAGGGGGGAAUGUGCCUAUCGGUAUAAUCAUUCAUCGUGAUAUUAAACCGCAGAAUAUUCUUAUUGGCAACGACGACGUGAUAAAGGUCAUGGAUUUCGGGAUAAGUCGGGAAUCUGCCAGCUUUAUGACCACCAACACCACAAUGGGCACUCCGUCUUACUUAGCUCCUGAAGUUUUAAACGAUAAGCCGUUUUCAAUAAAAAGCGACAUCUGGGCGCUAGGGCUCACCAUUCUUGAGCUCUGCACACGAAACCGGACGUUUGUUGGAGAGCCAGUUAUGGUUCUAAAGCAGCACCGUGAGUUUUCCAACAAGAUAUCGCUCCCUGACUAUAGUCAGGAUCUGUGCGACGCCAUUGGUAUGAUGCUAAUUAAGGACCCACAGAGGCGGCCGUCUGCUGGAGAGCUUCUCGAGCACGCUCUGAUAAUCAAGCAUAGCCCCUCGGCGGAAAAGGCAGGCUCAUCUUUCUGUAUGCUAGACUAUACUGAUCUUAUGCAUUAUGCCAUCAAGGGUAACAUACAAGGCUGCCUAGGUUGUUUAAGCUUGUGCAAACAGCGGAAUCGUGAAGGGAAGACGGCGCUGAUGCUGGCAGCAGAGAAUGGCCAUUGUCAUAUCGCUAGUACUCUUCUUCCUUACGAGGGUGGUCUCACCAUGCCUGAUGGAACUACGGCUUUGAAAAUAGCUCUUCAGAAUGCAAACUGGGAUGUUGCUAGUAUCCUCAAGGAUGAGAUGGGCAACAAGGGCUUGACUGAAUCCAUCAGGAGAAUGUGGGAGCCGGACUCUGUGCUGGUACCAUUAUACGGUGAAGGCUUGACCGAUAUGAUGCGUGCCUGUGCAUCUAACGACAUUGUCUCUGCAUGGACCUUAAAGCCCAAAGAGGCUCGAAGAAAGACGUCAAAGGGGUAUACUGCUCUUAUGAUCUGUGCACGAACCAACUAUUUUGAGAUUGGCCGCAUGUUGAUUGAUGCCGAGUCAAAAAUAAUAAAUAAUGAAGGGUAUGGUGCUAUUCAUAUAGCCACCAUGAAUAAUAGUCUAGAUAUUCUACCAUCUCUUGUUAAAAAUGAGGCUAAGCUACUUACUGCAAAAGGCCUCACCGCACUACAUCUUGCCGCUGCUGCGAACCUCACUGAUGCCGCCCAAAUUCUUUUGCCAAAAGAAGCCGGCUGUCUCACACCUCAAGGAAAGACCGCCUUUGAUAUAGCCAUGGAUAACAACUUUGUAUUUCUUGCUCGGCUUAUCGCAGUCAAAGAGGGAAAGCAGAGCCUUCUGUCCACAAGCGAUCUUCAGGUCCCUGGGUCUAUGUCAUUUCUUCUGGAUGACGAUUCCGGGAUUGGAACAGGUUUAAUAAUAGAAAAGCGGAAUAAGAAGAAUACACAGAUUAGCAGUCGGCUUGGUCGUGUUACCCAAGUUGCAGAAGACGCUGUUGAGAGUUCUGAGCCGUUAUCUAAGCCGAUACGUCCGAAUGCGCGGUCGCCAGAACCGUCUCCUGCGCUUAGCCAGGGCGGGAGUAGCCUCAGAACUAGUACAAGCACGGUUGCUAGCAGCCUUGCAGCGAGUCGUCUUGGAGACGAUAAGAUCGCGGCUGGCCACGACGCUCUGACAUACUCUGCGUUGAAUUCUGGUUCUAAUCCUAUGGCAGGGGUUAUUGCUGCAGAACAACUUACUACUAGCGCUGUGACCGCAAGUACUGUUGGUUUAAUCUCCAACAACUCGUUCAAUGGUGUACAGCACAACCUUGAUCUUCUUGCCAGCAUAAAGACGCCACUGAUCGAAGCGACCAUAGCGGGCAACGUUGCUGAGGCUAAGGCGUGUUUGGAUUUGGCUGGUAUUCCUGACAAUUGUGGAAAGACCGCACUCAUGUAUGCAGCAGAAAGCGGAAACCUUGAAAUCUGCAAGCUCCUUGCUCCAAAAGAGGCAAAUAUGCAAUAUAAGACAUACACUGCUUUGGCCUUCGCAAUAUUGAAGAGGAACGACCACGUUGUUUCAUAUCUAACAGAAUUUGAGGCGGCAAAAAAGGUACCUAUGCCUUCUGGGCACCAUCACACUCAGCUUAUGUCUGCUGCCGAAGAUGGAAACGUCGGAAAAGUAUGCUCCUUACUAUAUCAAGCCGGGUGUCGUAAUGCGGACGGUACUACCGCCUUGAUGAUUGCAGCAAAGGCGGGGUAUGCUGACAUCGUUCAAAUACUCAUUCCCUACGAGAGAGGAAUGAUGAGAGUUGACGGCGGGAUUGCCUAUAAGCUUGCACGGGAGAAUGGACGGAGUUCAGCCUAUAAGUUGCUACACGGCAUUGAGAAAGUGGCCCGUGAUCGGAGUGGAGACACUCAGCUGAUGAUUGCUGCUGCAACAGGAAAUGUGGCAGAGAUUAACUCUUGCACUCACUUAUUAAGAUUUACUAAUAGGCUUGGGAAAACGGCUCUUAUGGUAGCGGCCGAGCAUGGCCAUCUGGAGGCAGCAAGACUUCUUUUGACUGAGGCCCGCAUGCAGAUGAUUGGCGACGGUUGGCAGAAUGGAGCGACGGCUCUUAUUUUGGCCACUCGCGCCGGGUAUUUGGAUGUUGUGAAAGUAUUGGUAGACUUAGAAGGCAACAUGACAGAUAGCAAGGGGUGGUUUGCUCUGGCCAUAGCAUCCCAGCGAGGGUAUCUUGAUAUUUUAAAUGUGCUUCUCCCCAAAGAGAAGAACAUGCGGUUCCGAGACGGUGCCACUGCACUUCCAAUUGCGGCACAAUAUGGGCAAACAGAGAUUGUGAAGGCCCUGCUACCUCACUAUGGCAAGCUACAGAGGAGCGACGGAGAAACUGCACUCAUACGAGCGGCUGCAUAUGGUCGCGUUGAAUGUGUGAAGCUGCUCGUCGAUGUAGAAGCGGGCCUCACAAGAACAGAUGGAAAGACAGCCCUCAUGUUAGCAGCAGCGCGAGGCUAUGAAGAUUGUAUGAACAUUCUUCUUCCAUAUGAACGGGAUAUUAAGACGGUAGACGGUAAAGGGUAUAGAGACUUUUUAAAUACGCAGACAACCCAACAUAAUCAGCACAAGUAA